CUUUGCCAAGGUAACAGUAUGUGUUUACAGGCAGCGGUUAGGGGCCGAGCAGGUCAUCACAUAAUCCGCCGCACGUACAAGUCAGAAGGGCUCCUACAUCAUGCCGGUCCGUUUCAAGGGUUUAUCAGAAUAUGACAGGAACUUCAAAUGGAAGGUACCGGAGGUCUCCAAUCAAGAUCCAACACUGCUCUCCAGAUGGGCAGGCCUCCGUUCCGAUGAACUUGGUAUUACUAAAGAGCCUUGCUUUACGGCGAAACGACGAGUGCCAUACUACAACUCACAAAUUUCAAAAUCUUUUCAAUGGAAAGAAGCGGAAGCAGAAAAUGAUGGUAAAUGUGCUAAUAAAAUUGGUUUACACAUUGAUGCGGACGAGGAUCUAAAGGGUGAAGAGGAAAUGCAUACUCCCGAUGCACCACGAUUAAUCAAACGACCCAGCUCUACCUCUGUACCAUCCAAAGAAUUGUCUACAAAUAACAAUGUUAAAGGGAAAGAGUUACAAGUCAGUCUGGCAGAAGAUAACAAAAACAUGUCAAAAGCAAGUCCCAAGACAGAAGCACGUGGGUUUCACAGGGUUCUUCAAAGAAAAGCUGGUUUGAACAUAGUCCCAUCACAGCCAUCUCUGAAAAUGUCUGAAUACAGACGGCAGUUUGAUACGAAAAGCCCUGUAGAAAAUUCUCCAAUACUUGCUGCAGAGCAGGUCAUUUAUAAUAAAAAUAGCACCAUACCCCCAUUUAAGGUUAAGGCAGCCAGAACACAGACAGAAUACAAUAGUCAAUAUAAAGGUUUGCCACCUGCCAAAGGACCUAAAUUGAGAAAAAGCUGGGAGGAAAAAUAUGUUCCUGAAUAUGAACCAGAACACCACGCUCCUAAGAGAAAAGAUAAAAAGAAAAAGACAAAUGAUGCCAUAUCCAAUUCUGCUAAGUUGGAGAAAACUGAAAGUGAGCAAAAUCAAGUAGUUCAAAGACAAAUUCUUAAACAGAGGCUUGUUGAAAAGCUUAAUCUUCCUUCUAAAGGCUAUAGGAAAGCAAAAACUGAGUAUUCUGCCAAUUUUCUGUCCCCAUCUGAGUAUAAAUAUAAAGAUGGAGCUUGGGUGAGAGCUCAGAAAGAAAUGCUUGACCAAGGUUCUCAUGUCAGUAUAGACACCAUGUGGGUUGCUGAGGUGAGGGAGCUUCACAAUAAAGCUGAGUAUUAUAAGCAUCGUUCUCAGGGAACUCAUUUCUCACGGGAACAUCUAAAUCAGAUACUUUCUGCCAGCAACAGACUCUGGGAUGUGUCAUCUAACUCUAGCAGUGAGGAACAUUUCAGCAGUAACAUUAAGGCUCUUGAUCUUGCUGGAUUGAAGACCUCAUCUAAGAAUGCGAAACUUAAUGACUCACCAAUAAAAUUAAAACCUGCAUCCAACACUGGGAAUGCUGAGAUCUCAGAUGCUUCUACCCUCCCUGUCAGAAGAAGAUUAGUUUGGGAUCAAGAUCAGGAUACAGAUCCAAUACAAGAAGCAGCAACAUUGGAAGUAGCGGAGAAACCUCCAGGUACGAAGGAGGUACAAUAUUUUGAGGAGAACAAGGAUGAGGAUCCUCAGCCCAUAGAAGAAAGAGCAGCAGAAAGGGACGAAAUAACAAAAACAAAUCCAUCAGAAGAUGGUUCUGAAGCUGCCUCAGUUAGUUCUGAAGUCGGUGGCAGACUUCCAACCCCUAAACUAAGAUCAUUUGGAGUAGUCCAGCGGACACAUCAUGAUCUGACUACUCCAGCUUCAGGUGGGGCUUUGUUGGUAUCCCCAACAAAACCUUUCAUUCAUACUCCCGAUAAGAAAAAGAAAGGUGAUUCCAAUGAGCACUAUUCUUCAAUUAAAUCCAUCUCCAAGGAGCAUCUUAAAAGCUUGCCUAAUAAGAAUGGAGCACUGUCUGCAAGUUCUCCACCAGCUGCUGGUAUCAAGACAGUAGAUCCAAUACCAUUGAGAAAGGAACAAUGGCCAGAAAUUGAAAAGCCGUUGACUCCGGUUUUUUCGUAUCCGAUGGAAAGAUCGCCAGUACAGAGGCCUUUUGUUUCCUUACCUCAGCAAAGGAAUCCAUCUUGUUGCAUACAUGGUGCACUAAGGGACCCAGAGUUUCAACAUAAUGGAGAUUUUGGAAAACCCAACUAUUAUAAAAUUCCAGUGAGCGAUGAUUGUGAAAUUGAAGAUGACAGACUUUCUCAGAUCUCCGCCAGAUCUGCAGCUUCAAGCUCUCUGGCAUCACAGGUAUUGGAGCGUGCGCAGAAAAGAAAGGAGCAUUUUUGGGGCAAGAAGUGAAUCACACAGAAUUCACUAUGACCAUACUGAAUAUGUUGAUGUAUGAUUUUUUUUUUUUACUGUGAUUGGUAUUUUCAUAUUUAAAUAUAUUUUUAAUAUUAUACAUGAACGGUAUUUAUGUAGUUGCAAGGUCAGUUAUUAAAGUUCAAAACCAGACAUAAGUCCACGUAAUUCAAACUAUCUUAAGAUAUACAUUUGCAGUAUUUUUCAUGUUUUUGCUAUGUCUCUCUCCCUAAUUUCCCUUUUCUCAAUUGUUGUACCCAUACAAUGUAGGAAUUUUUUGAGACAAGUAGGCCUUUCUUUUAAAACCAUAUUAAUAAAUUAAACGUUUGUUCACAUUUAUGUGUAGAAAUUAUACACAGCUAGUGCAAAUGGAAAAAACCCCCCACAAAUAUAUUCAUUAAAUGCUGUCACGGAGCUG